AUGUGGCCUUUACAUAUCUUCUUAAACAAACUACUGAAUGGAGGAUAUAAUGUUCAUGAAGAUGAUGUAAAUUCGGUUGCAUCACACAACUUCAACACAACAUUCAGAAACGAGAAAAAAGGCAAGAAAGACAUUUUGGUAAAAUCACACUUCAUUGAUGUCCCACAUAUAAAACAAGAACACACAUGGGAUUGUGGCCUUGCUUGUGUUUUCAUGGUUUUAAGAACCCUUCGCAUCAAUCAUUAUGAUAUCGAAGAUCUUCACGCAUUUUGCAAUACAAAUAGUAUUUGGACAGUGGAUUUGGCGUAUUUACUGCACAAAUUUUCUAUCAACUUCACUUACAUCACUGUAACUUUAGGCGCUAAUCCGAAUUUUUCAUUGGAGUCAUUUUACAAGAAGCAAUUAGGUGAUGAUAUAGUAAGAGUAAAUAUGUUGUUCAACAGAUCACGAGAAGCAGGGAUAAAUAUAGAGUGUAGGUCAAUCAAGGGAGAUGAAAUUGCACUAUUGAUUACGUCAGGAAAAUAUAUUGUCAUAGCUUUGGUUGAUCAGUUCAUUUUGAGUCAGUCGUGGAUAGAAGAUUUUUAUAUAUCCGAUUUUUAUAUCGGUAACUCUGGUGGUUAUACAGGUCAUUAUAUUGUGAUAUGUGGUUAUGAUGCUGUUACAGAUGAAUUUGAGAUUCGGGAUCCAGCUAUUUCUAGGAGUAGAGGGACAAUAUCGUCAAGAUGCUUGGAGAAAGCUCGCAAAUCUUUUGGCACAGAUGAAGAUAUACUCUUGAUUCAAUUAGAGAAUGCAGAUACUUAA